UAAUCUGGUCAAGCGAACCAUCCUUCGAAAUGGCUGUCGUCUUUGACAAAGAUAACAAGUUGGGCCCAGGCCAGCACCACGUUGUUACGCAUGCUCAGAUCACCUACUUUGAAAAUUAUGUUGAAGACGCGCAAGGACAGGUGACGAAUAAAGGCACCUUCUACAGUGAGCCGUUGGAGACGAUGACAUUUCAUUCCGAGGUCCCAGGCUGUUCUAAUCCUCUUGGAAUGAAGUCUAAAGAAAUCCACGACUACCAAAUAAGCGCAUCGUCUAGUUAUGCCGAAGCACAACCAAGCCAAGCGAGAGAACUUGAUGAUGGCUGGUGUGCCAAGAACACCAAGGGUGAACAAUACCUUCAAAUAGAGUUCCUUCAAAAGACACGCGUAACAGGACUUGUUACUAUCAGGCGACAGUCCAAACCACAUUGGGUUAUUGAGUAUUUUGUUAUGUACAGUACUGAUAGCAAUAACUGGAGGACUUACACUGAAAACGGCUUUAAAAAGCUGUUUCAGGGCAACACCAUUUCUUUUACUCCAACGAAGCACUGGCUUGCAAACGCUUUCGAAGCCAUGACGAUCAGAAUAAUUCCAACAAAGUGGGAGAUCUUGAUAUGCUUGAGGUUGGAACUUUAUGGGUGUCUCAUCAAGGGAUCUGCUAACAACUGUAUUUCACCCCUUGGUAUGGAAUCUGGUGAAAUCACCGAUGAAGCCUUGUCUGAUCGUCGCGCAUCUGUCGACCCAUCUCACGGGAUUCAACCAAAAAAUGCACGCCUCAACGCCAAGAUUACUAAGUUCCCUAACGGAUGGGAAUCAACUAUCGAGACAGAAUACCUUCAGGUGGAUUUUGGCUCGCUGCGUCGAGUGACUAAAGUAGCAACACAAGGAGCUUACACCACAGAGUCCUAUACCUUGUUUUUUGUCAGUACGUAUAAGCUGAGUUACAGCAAGAACAAGAUUGACUGGACGGAAUACGCAGAGAGUGGUUCAGUAAAGACGUUCAAAGGUCCUGUUACAGAAUACGACGCCAAGUACCCAGUAGUCGAGACAAUUCAAUCUCCCUUUGUUGCUCGAUAUGUUCGGCUCUACCCUAUGGAUGCUGGUUCUGGAGGAGUGAAAGUCAUGAGAGCAGAGUUGUAUGGCUGCUUCCAGGAGCCUUUACCUCCUUAUACUGGUUCUCCAGACCUUGAGUUCUAUCGUCGAUCUUUCAUUGUUGAUAGCACAACAGAUCAAUUCUACGUUUGUAUGUAUACUGACAACAGAGAUGAAAGCAGCUGCUUUAGCACCAAGGACUCAAAAGCUUGGACAGCCAUCGAUGCCAACAUCAUUGGAAUGUUAGCCAGCAACCCACGUGACCGCGAGAUCUACGCAAUUGAUCGACAGAUGAACAUUUAUCGGAGCAAAGAUUCAGGUGCAUCUUGGUCCCAGAUCUCUCGCGAAUAUUACUAAAGUGUUGCCAAGGAGACAACAGUAAACAAAGCGAAGGGAAUAGCUGAGAACUUUGUCUCCAGUCUCCCUACGACAAAUACGACCGUGAUUUCUUCGAAAGGAGAAAAAUGGGGAGUGUCAUCAAGCAACAUUCAUUUCAUGGCCGCUGACAGCAGUGCCUGGAGUACUGUGGGCUCAUGGAGGUGUUGUGGGAUGUAGUCACCAGAAGACAGGGACACGAUGCAUGAAUUUCGAUAAUCUUUAAAGGCAUGGAGCAUUCUUGGAUGCAUAAAGCAUUCUAUGUAUGCAACCGUUUCUUUUCCCAUCCGAACUGGAACUUUUGUAUGGCAAGCCAUGGACGGACCAAUCUCUUGGUGACAAGCGUUUAACCACGUUGAUGUCUCUUUCUCUUUCUCUUUCUCUUUCUCUUUCUCUUUCUCUUUCUCUUUCUCUUUCUCUUCUUUAAAUUUUCGCGAGAAUGAGUCUCUUUCCUACUACUUGCAUGGUUUCUCUGUGUAGUCAUAAUAAAUUGACCAUGACUAAAGUUUCGGGUUUUAAAUCUUUUUUAUCAAUAAUCUGUGGUUAUCACGGUAUUGUAUGUCUUUUGCAUGCUUUUUUUUCAAAAUGGCAAAAUUAUUUUGCGUUACGCAUGGAAUUAUUCAAGGAGAAGAAUGUUAAUUUU